GCCACUGUCCCGGCCGAGUCUGCGAACGUCACAACGCCAGCCAGCCAGCCAGCCAGCCAGCCACGCGUCAUAUAUUGUUAUAUUAAUAUUAAUUUAUUCAGUUAAACAUAAUAAAACGCGCAUACAAUAAAAUAAAUAAAAACUAUUAUUAUUACCUGCCAUUGUCGCGGUCGGGUAUUCGAUACAACAGUACAACAUACGCGUAUUGUAAUAAUAUUUAACAUCAUUACCGUUCCUUGCUGUCAUCGCCGGUUUUUUGAUUUUGAUUUUACGCCCACCGUUUGUGCAUUUCAAAUUUCGCGAUUUCGCGAUUUUUAGUUUUUUUUUUUUAUUUGAAUCCAUUGGUUUUUAUAUUUCUUCAUAAACCAAAAAUUCUCCCCGAAAAACCACACGUCUAAGUCCCUCAGUCGUGUACCAACUAUAAUACCCGUGUCGAUUACUGCUCAACGAUGAUCGACUACCUGCAGACAAUUUUUAUCGUGGCCGUCGCCAUGGUGUACGUCCAUGCGGAAAAGUCAAAAGUCAUUCCGCCUUACAUAAAACAAUGCAUCCGAAACGACCCUAAGCUCAAUGAAUGUCUCGCAGCGGAAAUCAAUCAUUUAAGACCGUACUUGAAAGAAGGAAUCGAUGAAAUCGAAUUGCCACCUGUGGAACCUUUCAGAAUGGAUUCGUUGAGUUUAGCAAUUACCGGUGGAUCUAAUGGUUACAAAAUCACUUUGAGAGACAUUGAUUUGUUUGGAGCCAGCAAUUUCUCUAUUCAAAAAGUUUUAUUGCGUCCGAAUGCACCAUUUGAAGGUAAAGUCAGAAUUCCAAAAAUGACUAUGGACGCAAAAUAUGCCAGCACUGGAGUGUUAUUAGUGCUGCCUGCUAACGGAAAUGGAUCAUUUCACGCAGAUUUAGGUGAUGUCACUGCUACAGCAAAAGGAAUUGUGUCUAGUUAUUACAAAGAUACCGAAAAAUAUUACAACUUGGACUUCUUGGAAGUAGAUUUAGUCAUAAAAAAAGCGUACAUGGUUGUCAGCAAAGUCAACAACAAUAGGAUAAUUGUUGAAGCUACAAACUUAUUUUUGCGUGAAAAUGGCCAAGAAGUAUUACAAGUAAUGAUGCCUCAACUCCGAACCAAAUUGGCAGCUAUUUUCAAGAGGAUAGUAAAUCAGUUACUGACUCACGUCCCCGCAGAUACGUUCUUCAGUAGCUAAAUUACUGUUUUCAUAAAAUGAAAAAAAAACACUUUUUAUGUUAAGAGAUUAAUUGUUUCACUUUUUCGUAGUUAAGGUCCUUUUUAGACUAAUUUUGUUAAUAUUUAAAAUUUGUAUUAUUAAUUUUUUUAAACUGAUAAACUUUACUAUUGUAAUAUAUAUUAUGUCGUAAAACAAAACUCUUAGGGUUUGUGAAUACCAAAUUUCCCCCGGCACAGUGCCAUCAGAAGUAUGAUUUAUUUCAAAUAAUUUCAUAUAUUAUGAUACAUUGACAUGGUAAUGAUUUUUUUGUUAACAGGAAAUCAAAUACCCUUAGUCUACACAUAACGUUACGAAACUCAUGUGCAUUUUAAGACUCGGUAGUAUAUUAUUUGCGAAUCGCUAUAAAAUAUUAUAUACACUUUAGUUAUUAUAUUGUUGACAAAAUCUAUCAUAUAAUAUCAUAGACAUCAAAUUGUUUUCAAUUAAUAUUUAUGUGUAUUUUGAGUGAUUUCGUUAAGAAAUAAAACUCACGGAAAAUGUGAUUUUUACCUACCACUGUCGAAUGAUAAUAUUAUGAAAUAGUUGUAUUUUUAAAAAUAUUAAUUGAGUUUCUAUUAUUCAGUUAUUAUGAACAGCCUAUGUGUAACAGUGGGUAUAUAUAAUUAUACGUUAUUUGAAUAACUUUU